UCAACAACAACAAGAACGAAUUUCACGAGAGACUUGAUUGCUAGGCUACGAAUCGACAUGGCUACUUGUCAUCGGCUUCGCAUGGAGAUCCAACAAAUCAAGAUUAAAAUCGACAAGAUCGACCACCGUAAGCGGCGAGCCUACGGCAUAGACGAUAUCGACUUGGGCUCCUUGACGUGGACCACGAGGACCUCCAGCUUGAAGGAUUGGAACUCUAUUUCGUAUGCUUCUUUUCCUUCUGUGGUAGGCUUCAAUGGCGACGCUAAGAAGCUGCUGGAGUUUUUGAACGACCCAGACCCACGACUCCAAGUAAUUUCCAUAGUCGGCAUGGCCGGUUCAGGUAAGACUACACUUGCCAAGAAAGUCUACAAUUCCACCAAAAGGAAUCAUCUCGUCCUUGAUUUUGAUUCCGCAAAUUACAAAUUUCACUUCCAACGUCACCUCUGGAUAAAUGCAUGCCAAGGAUGCGAACCAUUCAGAAUUCUGGAGGACAUAGCAACCCAAAUGCUGGGGAAGAAACCGCCGAAGAAGAAGACGACGAGUGUGGAAGAUCUAGCCAACAACAUCUCCGAGUGGCUUAGUAACAAGAGGUAUCUAAUGGUCAUUGAUGAUGUUUGGGACAUUGCAGUGUGGGUGGCCGUGAGAGCAGCCUUACCCUUAGAUAGCAUCAAUGGUAGUAGGAUACUAGUGACUACCCGUGAUAGAGAAGUGGCCUCAUUUCUGAACAAUUGUAGUAGUUCCCACACCCAUCGUCACCACAAGCUACAACUCUUGGAUGAAAACAAGAGCUGGGAGCUGUUCUGUAACAAGGUCUUCCCAAGAAGCCAUGAACAUGAUUGCCCAACUGAGCUGAAGAAUUUGGGGAAACAGAUCCUCCAGAGCUGUGGUGGCCUCCCUCUUGCUAUUGAGGAAAUUGGAAAUUUCUUAUGCAGAAGAAAGAAAACAGUGUGUGUGUGGUCUGCUACCGUUGAGAGUAUCCAAUCACAGCCCUUCACUCUUUUCAAGCAAUGCUCUCAACUGCUAGCCUUGAGCUACCACAACUUGCCUUGCAACUUGAAAUGGUGCUUCCUCUAUUGCACCGUCUUCCCUCCGGAAUUUGAAAUUCAUUCAGGGAAACUGAUCCGAAUGUGGGUUGCAGAAGGGUUCGUGCAUCCAAGACGGGGAACAUCGACGCCUGAGGAAAUUGGGCAGGACUACCUGGACAGAUUGAUCAACAAGAAUUUGAUUCAACCCACCAGAAAAGGACCCAAUGGGAGGAUCAAAAGAUGCCGUCUUCAUCCACUGAUGAGAAGCGUGGCCAUAUCAGAAGCCCGGCAAGUAGAUUUCGUCUCCCUUUACACAGAAAACGAUUUCGAAUUCCCAAUCAAAUGCAGGAGACUCGCCAUUCACUCUAGCAGUACUGGUAAUUACAUCCCACUGGUGGUACACAGUGCCGCACAUCUCAGGACUUUGGUGUGCUUCAACCAGGAUCAAACAGGUUAUCUGCUUCCAAGUAAACAUCUUGAAUUUGUUUGUGGAGGUCUCAAGUUGCUUCGGAUAUUGGAUCUGGAGUCUGUACAGAUGUCAGAGCUACUUGAUGUCAUAGGUACUCUGGUUCAUCUGAGGUACUUAGGAUUGAAACGUGCAGGACUGAGAAAGCUUCCCUCGACCAUAUGUAGGCUUCACAACCUGCAAACCAUGGAUCUGAGGUAUAAUUCACUGGGAGGGCUCCCAAAAGAGAUGGGCAAACUCCAAAACUUACGGAGUCUAGACAUAAGGGAUAACCUCAUCACCUUCAUACCCGAUAGCAUUUGCACCAUUCGGGAACUAAGACAUCUGAACAUGGACGACGAUGUGCAGAGCGGGCACUUGCAAUUCCAUACUAUGAGAAACCUCGAAAGCUUAUCAGUCGUAAGGGUCGGCACUUGGAUCGAGAAUGGCUUGCACAACUUAACCAGUCUCAAAAGACUGGGAAUUUAUGGGGGAUUUCAUGUCGAUUUCGAACAACACUUAUGGGCUACGAUUCUCAACUUGGGUAACCUUUAUUCCUUGAGGUUGGAGGGUUUUGGAUCAAUUCCAUUGCCAGAAGGCUCAGCAGCAAAACCAAGAACAUCACAUGAGCAUCUUUGUAAGCUUCACUUGUCCGGGCGGCUCAGGAAACUGCCCGAUCUGAAUUGGUUUCUCGCUGCUACGAAUAUCACUCAGCUAUCGUUGUCAUGGUCCAAGCUGAAGCAGGACCCCAUGGCGACGCUUGAGAAGAUGCCAAAGUUGAAGAUUCUGAGAUUGAAAAUGCAGGCAUUUGUGGGGAAGAGGAUGGUUUGUUCUGCAGGUGGGUUUCCACGGCUUACAAAUCUUGAACUUAAACAUUUGAUUAAACUGCGAGAUUGGAAGAUUGAGAAAGGAUCGAUGCCGAGGCUUGAGAGGUUGAGCAUUGGUUGGUGCCUGAAACUGAAGAUGAUUCCGGAAGGAUUGCAGCACCUGAGCAGUCUUAGGGAAUUGGAGGUGCUUUGGAUGCUCCCAAGAUUCCGAGAAAGAUUAGGAAGGGACGAGGGAGAGGAUUGGUUCAAGAUUCAACAUGUGAACUCUGUGGUUGUUGAAGGAAAUCCUAUCAACCCUUCCCAACUUUAAUAAUUUCUCAGCCUCCAUAGUUUAUUUUGUCUUCUCUAAAUUGUAAAAAUAAAUGCAAU